AAUCGUCAGCAUUCAGAUCCCUAUGUUCGGAGAGCCAAGAUGGAAAAUUAUCGCUGUCGCAGUGCUUUCAAACUUCUUGAAAUGGAUGAAAGAUUUAAAUUCCUUACUCCUGGAAAAACUGUAAUUGACUGUGGUGCAGCCCCUGGUAGUUGGACCCAAGUUGCUGUUACAAAGGUUAAUGCAAAUGGAAAAGAUUCAAGAGCACCAAAAGGGAAGGUUUUAUCGAUUGAUAGAUUGCCAUUCCAUCCUGUAGAUGGUGCAAUAAUAUUUCCUCUCUCAGAUUUCACCACAAAAGAGACCCAAACUGCCGUGAAGGAAGCUCUCCAAAAUGAAAAAGUUGACAUUGUAAUGAGUGAUAUUGCUCCUAAUGUAACCGGCCUCAAAGACGUGAACCACGAUUUAAUAAUCAAGUUGGUCUAUACUGUUAUAAGAUUUGCACUUCCUGUCACAAAACCUGGUGGCAUCUGUCUGGUCAAGUUGUGGGAUGGAAACAAAACUUCUGCUGUAGAAACUGAUUUACAAAGGUUCUAUAAGAAUGUGAGGCGUGUCAAACCGAAAGCUAGUCGUUCUGAUUCAACUGAAGUCUACUUACUAGCAUCUGAUUUUCUAGGUAUCAAGACAUAAUAAAUUUUAACUUCUCUGCCUAAACCAUGACUGUGAUAAAUCCUUCAACUAAGAUAAGACUAGCUUACAGUUGUUUUGAAAACUGAAGUAUUGUCAGAGAAGAAGUUACUGGGUUUUAAUGUUUAAUGGCUUUAACCAAAACUAGAGUCAACUGAUAGUUCCAUUCAAAAUUGUAAAUGUGUAUUCUGAAUACAAUUCACAUUAUGAAUCAAAUCAAUGAUAUUUUUAUUUUGUGAAUAUGUACUAUUUUUCACAAUAGCUCCUUCUUUAAAAAUAUUUGUAAGAUAAUGCAGGCAGUAAAAACACCGCUUUAACAAAAAAUUGGAGGCUCCAGAUGUUUUAACCCAUCUUUCACGUAUAUGUGACGGAUUUCCUCAAUUUUACCUAGAAUGUGUACUCAUUAUUUCUUUUUCUAAUCUUGAGAUUUUGUUAAUUUUUUUUUAAAAAUUUUAAAUAAAUGCAGAUGUGUGUCAAA